UGCGUCCAUCUUACCACCCGGAGGAGAUGUGGAGGGACACAGUUCAAUAUGUCUAGACAUCUUCGCUUCGUUGCCCGAACUGUAAUGGUUCAGGAUGGAAACGUUGACGCUGCAUAUAAAGCUUUAAAUCGGGUGUUGUCUGUCGAUGGCAUUCUGGAGACAGUGAAGCAAAAGAGGUACUUCGAGAAGCCUUGUCGCCAGCGGCAACGGGAAAGCUACGAGAACUGCAAGAGGAUUUACCACGCAGAGAUGGGCCGAAGAAUCUCCUUUCUAUCCAAGGCCAACCGCUCAGACCCCUGGCUCGGCUGUUGAGAAAGGAGAGGACUUAAUGUUUGUUUGUUUUUUACCCAAGGUAAAGGACUUGUGCUGGUAAAACGCAACUUCCCAAAUGGCUUCUUCGGAUGUCCUUAUUUUUGUUUGGAUGGAUUUGUCUCUGCUAUGUAGUGAGGCACAAACGGUGUCCCUCUCAUUUUGAGAAGAAGGGCACUAAUCAAUGUCGCCUCUCCCCUAGCUAUUGUAGAGUUUAUUACACAAAAUAACACAUAUAUGCUGAAAUAAAAAUGAUGCUCAUCAAUUAGACACUUA